AAAUGUUUAUCAAAACAACUCUUAAACCCUUUUCUUCAGUUCUUUUGCUUUCUUUUCGCCGACACUUGAGUUCCGAAGUUCGAAAUCGUCUUUUUGCGGCCAAACAAGUGUCGGGACUGUCUUUUGCAGAGUUGGCCAGAAGACUAGAUCAGAAUGAGGUUUGGUUCGUGGCGUGUCUUUUAGGUGAACAACCCUUCGAGAGUUCGGUCGCCGAAAACACUUUGCGUUUACUCCGACUUUCCGAUGAUCCGAAAGCCAACCAAAUGUUGGCCGAAAUGCAAACACUUCCAGAAAUACGCGGAAAAGAAGGCAAUCGAUUGUUGGCCAAUAGAGACCCGUUUUUGUCGCGUUUUCACGAAUUGCUUUGCGUUUACGGACCGGCUCUCAGACACGUGACAAACGAAAUGUGCGGAAAUGGGAUUUUGUCUGCCAUUGACUGUUCGGUUAAUUGUCGGCCGAAAGACAACGGAAAACGAGUCGUCAUUGAAAUCGACUCUAAAUUUCUCGAAUUUAAACCUUUUGUUAAACAAUAAUCGGAUUUCAAAACAAGUUUUCUUUAAAUAAAAUAAACAAUGAUUU